UUUGCCCACGAGCGGUCAGAAGGUAUCAGCGAAGCGUAAGAAAAAUCCUUGUGAUCAAGAUUCGGGAGUUAAAAGAUGUAAAAUCAAAGGAGAGCAAGCUACUGUUGUCGCACAACGGGACAACGGAGGAAAGGAAACGGCUAACAUCGAGGAAACAGACGACCUGAAGGUUUUAGAGGAGAUAAUCAAAAGAAUAAAACAUCGUAAUGAAUGCACCGUACGGAUAUCUGGUUUGCCGUUAAGGUGUGACCCGUCGAGUUUAAGUGACCUAGCACCGGAAGCCAAAGCGUAUCGUGUUCCGUGGAAUCCCCACAUCCACGGUAGUGAAGGUAUUGCAUUUUUGGAGUUUGGAUCCAAAGCACUUGCUGUUUCUUGCCAACUAAAGCUGAAUCAGAGUCAGUUUUUGAAUAAAACUAUUGUUGCCGAAAUCGGUCGCUUUUUGUCCGAAGAUAUUGCUACGUACGAUUGCAAGAAGUUGGCCGUGUAUGGUCUACACUAUAAAACGCGUACUGCUGAAUUGGCCAGACGGUUCCCAUCCGCGACUGCCAUUCAGUUGCGACCUCUUCGCCGACGAAGCGAUAGGCGAAAGCCUGAACUUGCAUUUCUUACGUUCUCCACCGUUGAAGAUGCACUAAAAGCAUUCGACUCAAGGCAAGGGUGUAUUAUACGUAAACGGAAAUUGUCCUUGUUGUGGGCCCGAGCGAAACUCAGUGAGAAGAAUGAUUCGUUAGAACGAAACAAAUAUCUGCUUGUAUCGGGAAUAAAAAGUUCGGUUUCCGAAGCAGAUAUUCAAUCCGUUUUCCCACAAGCUUCAUCCGUGAAGAUAAAUCGUUUGACUGGUGAAGCAUGGUUAAAAUACGAUUUAGAGGAAGAUUGUAUCUUGGACCACCAGAAUGCCCGUGGAGUUAUGUUGAAAGGUAGAAAACUGAAGGUGUUCAUGCGGAAGACCAAAACCCACACAAAGAGUUUGGAGACGGCGACCGAGUAUGGAUCAAGCCUUGAGGACAAGUCAAAAUUUCCUGAUCGAAAGUGA